AUGGUUUCUGGACCGUACGUGAAACAAGUGGCUGAGCACCGCAUUGAGGCUGAUGGCAUUUGCUGCAUGCUCUUCAGCUCCUUACGAGCCUUCUUGGAAGCGCUGCAGUAUAAAAUCACCUGUAACUCGCAUCUGGAACUGCUCGGUGACGUUUGCUGGCUUGGUAUCCGCUCCCUUCUGCAGGUGCUCAGCUUCGCAACGGUACCACCACUGUUCCAGGUGGCAUUAUCGAGGACCUGCAACAGUGGUGGUACCGUUGCCUUGCUCAAAGGACCACUCGCUUUCCCUGGUCCCAAGCCGGUCGCAAACAUGUGCACACACCUCUUCUGCAGCUGCUUCAAACUCCACUGAGCAGAAGUUUGGUUUUUUGGCGGGGGAGGGGGGUCACCAAAGGGUGCAUUCUUUCGGAGCAGCUGGCGAGCCAGCCCACCGAUGCCGGGGCGACGCACUUCAAGAUUGUGAAGUCCACGUUUCGCAGCCCUGAUUCAACCACGGGCGGCAUCGUUGAGCAGACUGGGGCAAAUGACGAGGUUCCCCACGGAAACAAGACACAUGCUGGAGACGCAGAUGGGACGUGAUGUGGGCGACGGUCUCGAGAAGGAUGAAGGUGCCCAGUUGAUUGCCGGUGACGACGCGGUGCGCGAGUGAGGCCGCAAGUUGUGGGUAACACACUGCAUCACGACCAAGCUGAUGGAGUCCACUCGGUCGUAG